AUGUCUUCCUCAAGGGCCAUCGGAUUACGCGUGCUCACCCUGUUCGAUGUCGACUCCCGCAAGGACUGGUUCAACUUCCUUCUCUACCGUUCGAUGACUUGGAACGACAUGGUGGUGUCAAUGCAAGCAGCGCUCAAGCGCAACGGUCAAGAGCUUUGGGUGCAUGAUAGAAAUGGCGAACCCUUGACCGAUACCGACUCUGUCUUCAACUUGGCCAGCAUCGCGGACCGCGAGGUGUUGCUCGUCACAAUUCGGGAGAACACCCGUGUUACUAUGGGCAAGGAUUUGGAGGUCGUGUUGUAUCUGGAAGAGGAGGAUCCUAACGCGCUUCCGAUAACUCUUCAGAAACUCGAUACCAAGGACAAGCGUAUUCACAUGGAGAAGCUUCGUCGCCGCGACGGUAUUGAUAAGAAGAACAUUUGCCGCAUUCUUCUUCCUCACUCUGAAGUCAAGAAACUCCUCUCGAAGAUGGACGGCGUUCCUCAGUACACGUUCGACCGGACCUACUCGAUAGCCAACUCCGUACAAACCAUCCGGAACAACUGGCGCGUGCGCACAACAGACCAGACCAAGCACCUUCUCAAAGACCCGAGGUGCGUCGCCAUGAUCGGUAUCUUCAGCAAAGCCCUUCCCGGUCAACACCUCUUGGGCGAAGACUUCCUCGUCGCCGCCAUGGAUGCGCGUGUCGCCGCGGGUGGGUCGUCCGAACCCAAGCACCUCCUAGAGCGAGACGUUUUGGACGCUAUCCAAAAGCUUGACGAAGCCGCCAACGCGAUCGAUUCGACUUGGAACGACAACAAGGCCACCAAAGCCAUCAACAAGCGCGCUGAUUGGAUGGAGGCGUAUGGCUCGCGCAAGACGGGUGAAUCGGCGACUGCAUUUGCCAAUGCCGAGGCCGAAGAUAUGGGUGAAGAGGCUGCUGAGGCGGCUUACAUUGGCAAGGGAAAGGGAAAAGCGGUCGACAAGCUCGCUGGCCGUCUCGAGAAGACCAAGUUGCCGGACAACGUCAUGGACGACGAGGACGACGAGGACGACGAAUCCGAGGCUGCCGAUGACGACAAAGAUCCAGACUACGUAGAUUAG